UCCACAUUUCUUUAAUUAUUCCUUUUAACAACUUGUGUCUCCCAUAAACCAAGAUUCACCAUCAUUCUCCCCCUUAAUAGUAGUUUAUAUUUCUCAUAUGUCAAACUUAUUAAUACUGCAUGCAAAUUCAUAAUAAGGAGCUUAAAGUUGAUUAGCCAUAUAAACAUACAUGUUGAGCAUUGCUAUAACAUUUCAUUUAAAUUCACAUCCUUAACAAACGUUUUAUCAAAUACAAACACUAAAAUAGUGAGACAUGUCCUGAUUACAAGCAAUAGACACGUGUAACAUUUUUCUUGGCUGCAGAAUUAACAAACUCUCUUUCAGUGCCAGGGUACUCUGCACUCUGCAGUAUCAUUCUUCCAAGUUCAGAGAAGCUUCUUGUUGAGUGACACAGAGAGAGAGAGAAAAAGAUUUCAUCUUUGAAGAAAACAGUGUUGAAAGUUAGAAAAUGGGAAAGAGAGGGAGAACAAGAAAAGAUGAAGCCCCAAAAUAUACAAAUGUUGAAGGUGCCACUGCCACCCCUUCUCAAGAAUCUCAACAGCAAGAAGCAGCAGCUUCUCUAAGGAGUGGAAGAGUGUUGAGGAUGAAACAAGAACCCAAACUAGAAGAUGGUUCAGCUCUACCGCCGCCUCCGGGUUUUGUGUUACCAGAUACUUCACCCAGGUAUCAAACUCGAAUGUCUUUAAGGGCAUUACUUGGUCGGUGUGAGUCUAAUACUCUAACACCAACUUCUCCAAUUCGACAUGUUAAGUCGCCGUAUCCUUCAUGUGCUAUUUGUGACUCUCCUGCUCAUCUUACCACUGGAAUUUCUGUAGCAACAAAAGAAAAGUUUGAUGGCUCCAUGCGCACAGAACUUAACCAUCACUCUGUUCUAACUAACAAUGGUGUCUUGGGUGUGGAAAAUCGGAAAUCAAGGCAACACACUCAAACAACACCUUCUUUCCCCGAAGUUGUGGAUGAGGAAAAUACAAUAGUAAGUAAGGCUGAUGUGGUGUUAAAUGCUAAUGCCACAGAACUUGAAACCAAAUGUGACCAGAGUAGUGCACUUCCAACAAAAUGGAGGGUGGUUGAGUCUGCACUGAUGACUGACUAUUCUUCUUAUGCUGAUAAGGUUGAAUCAAAACCUGGUAACCCAUCAAUCAUGGUGGAUGGGUACAGAGUUAAGGAGGAAGCAGCACCUAUCCUCCAGAAGAUCUUCCUUAAGUACGGAGAUAUUGCAACGAAUAGCUCUUUCUCUUCAGUGACGUUUUCUUCAUCACUCCUGGAGUUUGUUUGCGACAUAUAUAAAAAAUUGGAGGCAACAGAUUUCCUAAGUAUAACCUCCACAGAGCUCCAAUCUAUGAUUGCUGAAGUUAAGGAUCUUGAGUCUGUCAAAGUAGACGUUGGGUGGCUCCAUCGAAGACUGAAUGAUAUCUCUCAGGCCAAGCAACUUGUCCAGGACAGUUGCAUAUUGAAUGAGGCAAAAACCAGGUACCUUGUAGUAAUGGAGAGGAACAAGAAAGAACUGGAAGGAUUGAAGGAAGAGUUGGCCACUUUGCAAGAAAGAAUCCACAAAAAAGAGGUUGAGCUUGGCAUUGCUCAUUAUGAAAAUGAAAAGAUCAUGCAGCGUUUUGCAAAUUCGAAGGCCAAGUUGAACAGUUACCUCAAGAAGUCCUUAGUCCAUGACCUUCUUUGAGCAUACUUGUGAUCCCUUUU